CCGGUCGGCGCAGCCUGGCGGCCCGAGCGGCAGCGGCGGCGGCGGCGACGCGGGGAUGGCGGGCGCCGGCGGCGAGGCUCGCUUCGCCGGGCUGUCGCUGGUGCAGCUCCACGAGCUGCUGGAGGACGAGGGGCAGCUGACGGAGAUGGUGCAGAAGAUGGAGGAGACGCAGACACUUCAGCUUAACAAAGAAAUGACGCUUGCCAGCAACCGGAGCCUGGCAGAGGGAAACCUUUUGUAUCAGCCCCAGCUGGACACUCGGAAAGCACACUUGACCCAGAAAUACCAGGAACUCCAGGUUCUCUUUGAAGCCUAUCAGAUAAAGAAGACCAAAUUAGAUAAACAGUCUAACAGUGCUUCCUUGGAGACCCUGUUAGCACUUCUCCAAGCAGAAGGGGCCAAGAUUGAGGAAGACACUGAGAACAUGGCAGAGAAGUUUCUGGAUGGAGAGCUUCCUCUCGAUGCCUUCAUUGACGUCUACCAGAGCAAGCGGAAAUUAGCCCACAUGCGACGAGUGAAGGUCGAGAAGCUGCAGGAGCUGGUGCUGAAGGGGCAGAGACUCCCGCAGGCCGCGGCCCCACUGCCGCCCAGGGUUCCUGAGCCUGCGCCUGCUGCCCCUCUGCCCUACCCUGUCCUGGAGGCCAGCGGGCCCCCCUCUGUCGUGCCUCGGCGCAUCCCCCCGCCCCCACCCCCAGUGCCUGCUGGACGCUUAGCCACCCCAUUUACUGCUGCCAUGGGCUCAGGACAGGCCAUUCCAUACCCAGGAUUACAGUGCCCACCCCUACCCCCUCGGGUGGGCCUCCCUCCUCAGCAAGGAUUCUCUGCACAAUUUGUGUCGCCGUACCCGCCAGCCCUCCCCCAGAGACCCCCUCCUCGGCUGCCUCCGCACCAGCCAGGCUUCAUCCUCCAGUGAGCACCAGCGCCUGUCCUUGCGGGAGACGCCCUCUGCCUGCCUUGCCAGGUUCUGCACAUGGAGGCUCUGAGGUCCGACUGCUGGCCCGAGGGCCUGGGUACCCUGGGCCAGUGUGUCCCAUCUUUUUUAGAACUGUAGGUCAGUGGUGUAGAAGUAGAGACGCAGGCUUUGUGCACCGAGGCAGUGCGUGUCCAGCCGGAGCCAGGCCGCCCAUGCGUCCUGCCGCGUGCGUUCUGGGUGUGAUUUCCGAGUACCGUAGUGUUGACCAACUCAUGAAUUUGGAAGGAAAAAGCCUCCCCCAACUCCCAUGUAAAAUCUUGGUCCCGAUACGCAGCCCUAUUUAAUGCGCAUGGCUAAACUUACCUGUGUGAUUUUAAAAGACAGCACUGUGUGUGUCGGUCCACCAGCUGCUAUGGCCCUGGUCGAAGGUGGGCCUGUGUCAACCAGCCUAGAGGUCGUGCCCGUGGCCGGCAUGAGUUCCAGGCCACUGUCUGGGACACCAUCGUCACCACCCCUCCUCCCUGAAACCUGGCUGCUUCUGCUUCCCAGCCACAGGCGGUGUUUGCACUUGGCUGGCUGCUGUUCCGGAGCCCCGGCGUCGGCCCCGGGCGUGAGCAGUGUCAGUGGGACUUGCGCAGCACUGCGACCCCGCUCCUCCGCCUUUUGCCUGGAGCUGGCCCCUGACGGUUUCUGUGAAGAAAUGCUCCCCAGUAUUUUUACUACAUGUGUAAUUUUCCUGUUUUAUAUUGGGAAGGAACUUUUUUGACACACAAGAUAUUCAGGGAAACUUCUAAAAAUGCAAAUAUUGUUUUGAAUAGAUCGAAAUGCAAUUUCCUUUUGUGCAAACAGUACACGGUUACACCUACAGGUGCCCGUACUGUGCCUUAGCUUCUCCUGGUGCCAGGCCUCAGGUGCCUGCAAGGGUGCCAACCAUGGCUGCCCUGUGGGCCCACAGGCCAGGCUGGGCCCCCAGCAGCCCUGCAUUCCUGUAAGGGCUUGUCCAAGUUCAUUGCUUUGUGACAGGUGGGGGAAAAGUCUGGCCACUGUCAACCAGGAUACUCUCAGCCAGUAUUUUCUGCUUCUGGCUGGCAGGCAGCUGGACCUCGAGGCAGCUGGGCCCAGGGCCUGGUGGUGCUGCAGGUGCUGGGCAGGGCAGAGGAGCGAUUUGGAGAACACCCCCUCCCAUUGGAUUGGCAGCACACACCAUCUCUUCCUUCCUCUCUGGGAUCUUGUCUACAGGUGCCACGUUUGCAGAGUUCCCAGGGCCCAGCUGGGGAGGGAUAGCAGCUCACGUGUUCACGAAGAGACCUGUGUGCUCACUGGAACUACAGCCCCACCCUUAGCCUGUCGCCCAUGGCAGGCCGCCAGGGCCUGACCUGUUGCAGUGGGCCAGAGCAAGGCUACCAGCCUUUGUCCUCAGUUCAUAUCUCCUCCUGGACUUGAACCUACUGUGUUGUGACUGUCCUGUCAGGAAACAGAGCUGUACAGGGUGAUUCACUCCUAUGCCAGUCAGGAGCCCCCAUGUUCUGUGGCUCGGUGAGUGCCGCCGUCCUCCCCUGGAUACCUCUGCUGCAGCCCCAAUGGGAAUGCCCACAGCCUGGCUGCGGGCUCCAGCCAGACGGGCGCUCUGUGUGGGUGUUGUGAAGGGCUGCCAGGUGGCCUCGCCAUUGCUGUCCAGGGCCUCGUCGGGCACUGGUUGUAAAGUCAUAGACCCUUUUUAAUAAAUGGAGAAUUAUUAGUCAUAGUCCUGUCACUUCCUCACCUGGGG